UUAAAUCAUUUGGAUGCCUGACACUUCAAGUUGCUCUUGGCGUACAACUAAAUAGCUGAAAAUUAGUAUUUUGCUACUUUAUCUUCAUUAUCAUCACCACUUCUACUAAUAGUAGUAGCAGUAACGGGAGUAGUAGUAAUCUUUUGCUAAAAGUAGAAAAUUGGGGUCUAUUUGGGAAUUUUUUAGGAAGUCAUUCUCAGAAAUAGUUCUCUAAUGUUUGCUAGAACAAAGUCUAUUUGGGAAUUUGAAAUGUUUUCAACUUGUUUUCUAUGUUUAGAAAUAUCAGUUAAAAAUAAAAUUUAUAUAUAGUGCUUUAUUUUUUAUUAUUCUUCAUAUUUGCCCCAUUAUUUUUUAAAACAACCCUUAUAAUACAAGUAAAAACAAUUAAAAUGUGUUAUCAAAAAACACAAUUUUUCUGUUUUCUGGUUGCCAAACAUGUUUUAAUAUUCUUUUUGUUCUCAAAAUUAGAAAAUUGUUUUUGAGAACAGUUAACAAACAUGCCCUUAAUCUUUUGAUACAUCAUCACAACUUAUACUAUUAGUAGUCUUUUGCUAGGCUAAUUAGCUGGUUCAUCACCACUACCACCACCACUACUGCUACUACGUUUAUAAUUUCAUUUCUUGGCUUCUUUUAUUUCAAUAAUCUAUGUAAAUUUUCUUAGGUUCUUUUAUUUUAAUCAUCUUUGUCAUUCAUUAUUACAAAUUGGGAAGAAACUCUUAGUUAGUAUGUAGAAAAGGAACCCCAUCUGUGCUAGUUCUAACUUCUUCUAGAUGGAUUUUAUCUUUUCUUGUAUUUUCGGUCAUCCAUCUUAUGUCUCAAGUAGACAUUCAUUUUGAAAAUCAUUGGGCAUUGGAGGGGAUGGUGUUGAUCCCACAAUACAUUUAGUCAGAAGUCAGUGGCACUGCUUAGAGGAUGCGAUAGUGACUUUAUGUGGGAAUAUGCUGAGGGUAUUAAAUUCUUGGUUAUAUCUAUUGAUAGAUCCUUCGGCACACCAGUUGGAGGCCCAUUUCCCUUACGUUGGAGACUGUUUGGGAAAAGAUUCUGAUGCCUAUCUAACUAUGAAGAAGGGUUGGUUAAUUGUUGUAGCCUUUUCAAGUUUUGUGUUGCUUAACCAAUGACAAUAUUAACCAUUACAGUAGAGCAUGAAUUUUGUUUUUUGGUCAUUAUGGGUUUCCCCCUUUGUUAGUUAAGGAGACUCUUCCUAGUUGUUAUGAAAGUUAAGUGGAUAUCAAAUGUAAGUGUGGAGAAUGACCCUAUUAUGCUUGUUUUGGAGCAUUUGGUUAGGAAGAACUGAGGAACUUUUGAAGAGUUGGAAGUUUCUGAUCAAUAUUUAAGUCUUUUUUAAGAUAUAUAAUUAAUUGUCUUGGAAUUCUUUUCUCUUUUUGUUCUUUUUUUUUUUUUUCUUGGUUGGGGGGUUGGGAUUGGUGGUUGUCUUUUCUAGACUUCUGAGCUGUUAGUUUUGAUUUGGCCCUUUGCUUUCUUUUUUCACCUUUUAGCACCCUUUGUAUACUUGAUGUGUACUUGGGGUAAGAUAUGGAGAAAUCAGUGGUAUACUGAACCUUUGAAUUGUAACCUUGUACUGCAGGUUUAGAAACUCUGCUGAUAUACAAAUUUGUUUUGAGAACUUUUAAAAGUAUGUUUCAAUAUUUUCUUCUGAAAUCUCCUUGAGCGUGUCUGUUUUAAGAGUAUACUACUUGGGAAGAAGUAUUUCGGUCUCAGAUAGAGAAAUAUGUAACAUUGAAAUUUUUUUUUCAUUUGGGUAUGAGAUGUUCCCGAAUUUGAUAAGCUUGCUUACACUUCCCAACCUUGGUAUUUUUACUCACAUACUCAGGGAAUGAAAAAAAAUGCAAGAAGGCAGGCAUGUUCACUUUUAUUCCAUUAUUUAUUUAUUAGCACUAAGAAAACAUAUGAUGCCUUUGUUAUUGAGUGGUAGGCCAUAUUUGCUCUGGGGUAUUCAAGCUGGUUGGGGACUGGUGGCAUCUUUCAAGAUCAUCAUUAUAGAGUGAUCAGGGCCUUUUCUAAGCUAAGUGGCUCAUGCCUUCAUGUUUGGAAAUAGUGAUCAAGAUCCUACUCUUAAUGGAAAGCUUGGUCAAAGGUUUCUUAGGAGAAGGGAGCACAGAGAUAGAGCAGAUGGAUCGAAAAGAUUUUAGAUCUUCGAAAGAGAUGAGUUGCUGCUUUUCUUGGAUUCCAAGGCUCACUAAUAAGAUAGUGGAUUGGUCAGCUGAGAGUGGAGCUUUGUCACUAGAGAUGUUUGAUAAGGGCCUCCGAAUCCCUUGAGUAUUUAUCUGGUGUUGGCUCCUUGGUAGUGUAUGGUGAUUUCUGCUCACAUUUGUGUGAAUUGUUGGUUACCCUUUGGUGACUCUACUUCUCUGCCUUGGCGAUCCCCAAACCUUUGACAAUAAUUUUGGCUCUCACAUGGAGCAACUCUACAAGCAUCUUAGAGACAAGAACCAUCGUUUCAUGGCAUUGGAUUGCCUUCAUCGUGUUGUAAGGUUCUAUUUGAAUGUUCGUUCACAAAAUCACCCAAAAAAUCGUGUAUGGGACUACCUAGACAGUGUGACUUCACAACUCCUUACAUUUCUGAGGAAAGGAAUGCUUACUCAGGAUGUCCAACAUGAUAAACUUGUAGAAUUCUGUGUAACCAUAACAGAAACUAACCUAGAUUUUGCCAUGAAUCAUAUGAUAUUGGAAUUGCUGAAGCAAGAUAGUCUAAGUGAAGCUAAAGUUAUUGGUCUCCGUGCUUUGCUAGCCAUUGUUAUGUCCCCUUCAAAUCAGCAUGUUGGCCUGGAAGUUUUUCAAGGUCUUGAUAUUGGUCACUACAUUCCAAAAGUGAAGGCUGCAAUUGAUUCGAUUAUAAGAUCUUGCCAUAGAACCUAUAGUCAGGCUCUUCUUACUUCGUCACGGACCACUAUAGAUGCUGUCACCAAGGAAAAAUCUCAAGGAUAUCUGUUCCGGUCAGUGCUGAAGUGCAUACCAUAUCUGAUUGAAGAAGUUGGACGAAGCGAUAAAAUAACUGAAAUAAUACCUCAACAUGGCAUAAGUAUUGAUCCUGGUGUGCGAGAGGAAGCAGUACAGGUGCUGAAUCGGAUUGUGAGAUACCUCCCUCAUCGUCGGUUUGCAGUUAUGAAAGGGAUGGCCAACUUUGUCUUACGGCUCCCAGAUGAGUUCCCACUUCUCAUUCAGACAUCACUGGGACGCUUGCUAGAACUAAUGCGCUUUUGGAGAGUUUGUUUAUCAGAUGAUAAACUGGAAUAUGAGCGCCAAGAUGCAAAGCGUCACGGAACCUUCAAAAAAUCCUCCAUGCAUCAUCCAAUAGAAGCAAUCGAGUUCCGUGCUUCUGAAAUCGAUGCAGUUGGUCUUAUCUUCCUUAGUUCUGUGGACAGUCAGAUUAGGCAUACAGCACUUGAGUUAUUACGCUGUGUUCGUGCUUUAAGGAAUGAUAUAAGGGACUCACUAUAUGAGCGAUUUGAUAACAAUUUGAAAAAUGAUGCUGAACCAAUCUUUAUAAUUGAUGUCCUUGAAGAAAAUGGGGAUGAUAUUGUUCAGAGUUGCUAUUGGGAUUCUGGGCGUCCAUUUGAUAUGAGACGGGAAUCUGAUGCUAUCCCUCCUGAUGCAACAUUUCAAUCUAUUCUAUUUGAGAGUCCUGAUAAAAACAGAUGGGCACGGUGUCUUAGUGAGCUUGUCAGAUAUGCUGCUGAGCUUUGCCCAAGCUCUGUUCAGGAAGCAAAGUUGGAGGUUAUACAGCGUCUUGCUCAUAUUACGCCUGCUGAGUUGGGCGGAAAGGCUCAUCAGUCACAGGAUACAGACAACAAACUUGAUCAGUGGCUCAUGUAUGCAAUGUUUGCAUGCUCGUGCCCAUUUGAUAGUAGAGAAGCUAGCAGCUUGGGUGCAGCUAAAGAUCUUUACCAUCUUAUUUUUCCCUCACUAAAAUCUGGAUCUGAGGCACACAUACAUGCUGCCACCAUGGCUCUUGGCCACUCACAUCUAGAAGUAUGUGAAAUUAUGUUUGGCGAGCUUGCAUCUUUCAUUGACGAGGUUUCUAUGGAAACAGAGGGAAAACCUAAGUGGAAGAGUCAAAAAGCUCGUCGGGAAGAACUCCGAGUCCACAUAGCAAAUAUAUACCGCACAGUUUCUGAGAAUAUCUGGCCUGGCAUGCUAGGUCGUAAACCAAUUUUCCGUCUCCAUUAUUUGAAGUUCAUUGAAGAAACAACCAGACAGAUCCUAACAGCGCCCUCUGAGAACUUUCAAGAAAUCCAACCUCUCCGUUAUGCACUGGCUUCUGUUUUAAGAUCAUUAGCCCCUGAAUUUGUCGAUUCAAAGUCAGAGAAAUUUGAUCUUAGAACCAGAAAGCGACUGUUUGAUCUUCUUCUCUCUUGGUGUGAUGACACAGGGAGUACUUGGGUCCAAGAUGGUGUCAGUGAUUAUCGUCGUGAAGUUGAAAGAUACAAAUCCUCUCAGCAUAGUCGAUCAAAGGAUUCUGUAGACAAACUUUCAUUUGACAAAGAAGUGAGCGAGCAAGUUGAGGCAAUCCAAUGGGCCUCCAUGAAUGCUAUGGCUUCGCUAUUAUAUGGACCUUGUUUUGAUGACAAUGCAAGAAAAAUGAGUGGACGAGUGAUAUCUUGGAUCAAUAGUUUGUUUAAUGAACCUGCACCUAGGGCACCUUUUGGUUAUUCACCAGCUGAUCCAAGGACUCCAUCUUAUUCCAAAUACACAGGAGAAGGUCCACGAGGAGCAGCUGGACGUGAUAGGCAUAGAGGUGGCCAUCUUCGUGUCUCCUUAGCAAAGAUGGCAUUGAAGAAUCUGCUUCUUACGAAUUUGGACCUGUUUCCUGCUUGCAUUGAUCAGUGCUACUAUUCUGAUGCUGCGAUAGCUGAUGGCUACUUCAGUGUGCUGGCUGAAGUCUAUAUGCGCCAGGAAAUUCCAAAAUGUGAAAUUCAGAGACUCCUGAGCCUUAUCCUAUACAAGGUGGUAGACCCAAAUAGGCAAAUCCGUGAUGAUGCCCUUCAGAUGCUUGAGACACUCUCGGUCCGCGAGUGGGCUGAGGAUGGUGGUGAGGGCUCAGGAAGCUAUAGAGCUGCUGUUGUCGGUAAUCUCCCUGACUCCUAUCAACAGUUUCAAUACAAACUCUCCUGCAAACUUGCCAAGGAUCAUCCCGAGCUGAGCCAGCUUCUUUGUGAGGAAAUCAUGCAGAGGCAACUUGAUGCUGUUGAUAUAAUUGCACAGCAUCAGGUCUUAACAUGCAUGGCUCCAUGGAUCGAGAAUCUCAAUUUCUGGAAACUCAAGGACUCUGGCUGGAGUGAGAGGCUAUUAAAAAGCCUUUACUAUGUGACAUGGCGGCAUGGGGACCAAUUCCCUGAUGAAAUUGAGAAGCUUUGGAGCACAAUUGCUAGCAAGCCAAGGAACAUUAGUCCUGUUCUAGAUUUCUUGAUCACAAAAGGGAUUGAAGAUUGUGAUUCUAAUGCAUCUGCCGAAAUAAGUGGUGCAUUUGCUACAUACUUCUCGGUUGCCAAACGGGUAAGCUUAUACCUAGCACGGAUUUGUCCACAACGCACAAUUGAUCAUCUGGUUUACCAAUUGGCUCAGCGGAUGCUUGAGGAAAGUGUGGAACCACUCAGGCCUAGUGCAAACAAGGGUGACACCAGUGGAAACUUUGUGUUGGAAUUCUCUCAGGGGCCUGUAGCAGCCCAAAUUGCAUCUGUUGUGGACAGCCAACCACACAUGUCACCAUUACUUGUACGGGGAUCUCUUGAUGGUCCACUCAGAAAUGCCAGUGGGAGCUUGAGCUGGAGAACAGCAGCUGUGCAAGGGCGAAGUGUCUCGGGGCCAUUAAGUCCAAUGCCUCCUGAGAUGAACAUUGUUCCUGUAACUGCUGGGCGGUCAGGCCAACUCAUUCCCGCUCUAGUAAAUAUGUCAGGACCGUUAAUGGGUGUUCGAAGUUCAACAGGGAGCUUGAGGAGCCGCCAUGUUUCCCGGGACAGUGGGGACUAUGUUAUUGACACUCCAAACUCUGGUGAAGAGGGGUUGCAUGGUGGUGUUGGAAUGCAUGGUGUUAAUGCCAAAGAACUUCAAUCAGCCUUGCAAGGGCAUCAGCUACACUCACUCACUCAAGCAGACAUUGCAUUGAUUCUACUUGCCGAAAUUGCGUAUGAGAAUGAUGAAGAUUUCCGGGAGCACUUGCCUCUGCUCUUUCAUGUCACAUUUGUUUCAAUGGAUAGUUCAGAGGAUAUUGUAUUAGAGCACUGCCAGCACCUGCUUGUUAAUCUGUUAUACUCACUUGCUGGGCGGCAUUUGGAGUUGUAUGAGGUUGAAAACAGUGAUGGAGAGAACAAGCAGCAGGUUGUUAGCCUGAUCAAGUAUGUCCAAUCAAAACGAGGGUGCAUGAUGUGGGAGAAUGAAGAUCCCACAGUUGUAAGAACUGAUCUUCCUAGUGCAGCUCUCUUGUCUGCUCUGGUUCAGAGCAUGGUGGAUGCAAUCUUCUUCCAAGGAGAUCUGCGGGAGACUUGGGGGGCUGAGGCCCUCAAAUGGGCUAUGGAGUGCACAUCAAGACACCUUGCCUGUCGCUCACACCAGAUCUAUAGGGCAUUGAGACCUAGUGUCACAAGUGAUACUUGUGUAUCACUCCUCCGGUGCCUCCACAGGUGCUUAGGGAAUCCAGUACCGGCUGUUUUGGGGUUCAUUAUGGAAAUUCUGUUGACGUUGCAAGUGAUGGUUGAGAACAUGGAGCCAGAAAAGGUGAUACUGUACCCCCAACUUUUUUGGGGUUGCAUAGCCAUGAUGCACACAGAUUUUGUACAUGUUUACUGCCAGGUGCUUGAGCUCUUCUCCCGUGUGAUCGAUCGUUUAUCAUUUCGGGACAGAACUAUAGAAAAUGUGCUCCUCUCUAGCAUGCCCCGAGAUGAGCUCGAUACAAGUGUGAGUGAUAUUGCAGACUUCCAACGAAUUGAAUCAAGGAAUACCAUUGAGCUGCUACCAUCUGGUGGGAAGGUGCCGGUGUUUGAGGGAGUGCAGCCUCUUGUACUCAAAGGGCUCAUGUCAACUGUUAGCCAUGGUGUCUCUAUUGAGGUUCUUUCGCGGAUCACAGUGCACUCGUGUGACUCUAUAUUUGGGGAUGCAGAAACUCGACUUCUGAUGCACAUUACAGGUCUACUUCCCUGGCUAUGCUUGCAACUCAGCACGGAUUCUGUUGUGGGGCCCACUUCACCACUCCAACAGCAGUACCAAAAAGCAUGCUUUGUUGCUGCCAACAUCUCACUAUGGUGUCGAGCAAAAUCAUUGGAUGAACUAGCAGCUGUGUUUAUGGCUUACUCCCGUGGUGAGAUCAAAGGUAUAGACAACCUUCUUGCCUGUGUCUCUCCACUAUUAUGUAAUGAAUGGUUCCCAAAGCACUCAGCUCUAGCCUUUGGGCACCUUCUGCGGCUUUUAGAGAAAGGACCAGUUGAGUAUCAGCGUGUGAUACUGCUCAUGCUCAAGGCAUUGCUCCAACAUACUCCCAUGGAUGCUGCUCAGAGCCCACACAUGUAUGCAAUUGUGUCCCAGUUAGUAGAGAGCACUUUGUGUUGGGAGGCACUGAGUGUGUUGGAAGCCCUUCUGCAAAGCUGCAGCUCAUUGACAGGAUCCCAACACGAGCCUGGGUCAAUUGAGAAUGGGCUUGGGGGGGCAGAUGAGAAGAUGCUUGCUCCUCAGACCUCUUUUAAGGCUCGGAGUGGGCCACUACAGUAUGCGAUGGGAUCAGGGUUUGGGGCAGGUUCGUCAGUAACUGCACAAGGGAGUGCAGCUGAAUCAGGUAUGUCACCUAGAGAGUUGGCUUUGCAGAACACGCGCCUGAUCCUUGGGCGAGUGCUUGAUAACUGUGCACUCGGGAGGAGGAGAGAUUACAGAAGGCUGGUGCCUUUUGUGACCUGUAUAGGCAACCCAUAGCCUUGAUAAUCUGAUUUCUUACACAUGUAUCUUGAUGGAUUCUACACAGAGGACGGCUUAGAGAGCUGCUUUGUAAAUAGUUAUCACAGAAUAGUGGUGGUUUUAGCAACUUAACCGUGUACUAUGUAUUGUUUGGAGCCUUUCCCCAAAAGUCAAGGCCUUGUAACAUUAUUCCCUUCGAGCUAACUAAUUGGGUUGCUGCUGCUCUCAGUGUGACUCACUGGUAUUGACGGCAAUGUAUUUUUAACUUGUAAGUUAAAUGCAAUUGACCAAAGCUGCAGAUGGAGCGAUAUAACGACUUGCAAAUCUGUUUGGUGCA